UAAUGGAAUGAAUUGAUCUCAGCGAACAGGUAAUACAAAACUAACUGCAAACUACAACGAGCAAACGACUGUACUUCAGAUACCUAACCUGUUCUUCUUAACCCAGUUAAAAAAAAUAACGUGACCCCGCCCGACAGUGGGAGUACACUUGGCGCGCUCGGUGCCACUCACUGCAGUGUAAUAAUUAUCUGACUCAAAACCAGAACAACUUUUUUUUUCCCUCUCUCUCUCUGUCUUGCUGCCCAGAAUAAGUAGCCUUGCCUCAAACCCUAGCGCGGUUACCGGAGCAUUAUAUCCCGCAUUUCAAGUAUAAAGUAUUGUCAAGGCUUUUUUUUUGUGUGUGUUCAGCUGAUCCGAUGACAUGUUUGGAAUUCGACUGGAACUUUGUACCUUCCUGUGUGGAAUCGCUGUCUCAGGUGUGUGUGCGGUGGAGGUGUACACACCCGAGGAGCUGCAGGCUGUGAACGGCUCCGACGCUCGGCUCAAGUGCACCUUCACAAGCUCCGCCGCCAUCAGUGUGCAAGCCUCCGUCUCCUGGAACUUCAGGCCGCUGUCGGGGGGCAACGAGGAGUCGGUGUUCUAUUACCAGGAGCAGCCCUACACCCCCACGAGUGGGAAGUUCAAAGGUCGUGCUGUGUGGAGCGGUGAUAUCAGGCGCGGUGACGCCUCGAUCACGCUCCGCGACUUGAAGUUCAGCGACAACGGAACCUACAGCUGCCAUGUGAAGAACCCCCCCGGGGAUGUGCACGGGCAGGCGGGCGAGAUGCAGCUCCGAGUGGUCACCACAGUCACCCACUCAGAGAUGAAGAUUCUGCUUGCUGCCAUUGGGGGCGCCAUCUUGCUGGCGAUCGUCCUCAUCGUCACCGUGGCCUCGAUCCGGGCCUGCCGACAGCACCGGCGCCAGAGAACCGAGCUGGAAAAGAACCCGCAGUACUGCCUCCACGAGGAGACAGAGGAUCUCAGUCCGGAGAACAGGCACGAGCAGAAACCCCAGGAGGAGGUCCAGGAGCUGAAGAGCUUGGCGGAGGAGACUUGUGAGGAGAAGGUCCAGGUUCACGUGAAAAGCGAUUGGUGCUGGCAGGCUGCUGCUGUAGAAAUGCAGGUUGAGCCGGAGGUGAAUGGGGUCGUGGGGGACGAUGCCACUCUGAGAUGCACGUUCAGAUCCACGUCUCCAGUGACGGGUCGCCUCUCCGUGGACUGGACUUACCGACCCGUGGACGGCGAGGCCUCUCACAGCUUCUUCUACUAUCAGUCCAAAGCCUUCCCCCAGACGGAGGGGCUCUUCAAGGACAGGGUCUCGUGGCAGGGGGACGUCAAUCGAGGGGACGCGUCCCUCCAGCUGCGGAACCUGACGCUUAACGACAACGGAACCUUCAUCUGCACUGUGAGGAACCCUCCUGACGUCCACGGCAACGUGGCCAAAACAGUGCUGACCGUCACGCCCCGAGGAAACCCCAUCCGGAUCACAGAGUUCUUCCUGCUGGCUGGAUUGGUGCUCCUCCCCUCGGCUCUCGUCGUCCUGGUGCUGCUGGUCAGAAUGGGCUGCAACAACGGCAUUCUGGGAAGGAGGAAGACCCACGUGCUUAAGAGGUCUCCCAUUGAAGCCUCAGACGGAGAGGAAGACGUUCACAAGAAGCCCAGUCUGAAGAGAAACAUCAUGCUGUGCUGUGUUUUCAGGACUCAGAUUCUGAGGAGGCCCUGUAUGCCAUGCAGAGGCGGCAAUCUGAAAUAAACGCCGAGUCAGAAUGCUAGCGCCCCCUAGUGGGUGGGAAGAUUGUUUCCUGUUGAAUUGUAAACGACUGAAGCGGACUUUGGCUGUGCUGAAGGAACACCUGACUGCACAGGACCGAGUGGAGUGAUCCUGCCUGCCCCAGCGCCGAGGGGAAGGGGUCUGAACGCAGAGGGGAUGCAACCACAGGCUGUCGGAGCCCCUCCUCCUCACCCCUCACAGGACUUACUCAGUUUUUAACUUUGACUUUCAAUAGAUUUUACUUUUAUUCUUAUCAAGAGGUCACCAAAGAAAGGGACGGGAUUCAUUCAAGCUCCUUACACCCAAAUCCUGUAUUAUUAUUAUUAUUAUUAUUAUUAUUAUUAUUAUUAUUAUUAUUAUUAUUUAAACUUGGAGGAAUUCAUUUAAGCAUGUUGAUGUAUAUAAGAUAUUAAUUGCUGUUUUUCGUAUGUCACUGUAUUUUCGGCCCGUGAUAAUAAUGCCAGACGUUUUUUAGUGUCUAGGAUCGAUGCGCUCAACACAAGGGCUGAAAACUGGGUAGAAGCGGUCUCCUGAUUUUAAUGUAAAUGUUAAAUAUAGAACUACAAACAUUGAAUGGUUUUAACCCUCGUGUAGGAAAACUGACUUUCCUGGUAACCUGGGG